UAUCGCCGGACCAUCAUCACCAGUUGCUAAAGACAUCAAAAGACACUACUGCUGCGGCUCGUACUGAUCGAAAGCGACGUCGCUCGUAGAAAGUUAGAGGCUAUAACGAGUGUCAGCACCAGCAGCGCCUCGUGCCGUUCGCAUCUGCUUUUGCAUAUUGGCAGUGCGAAUGGAACCUACGUCAUCUACACACCGUAUCUAUCAUGAGCGACCUGCAGCGAGCAUGGGCCAAGGCCAAAUACGGCAUAUCUAACGAUACAUUUGAUGAGGUCGACGAGGAGCACGAGAAUGAUGUACUCCCCGAGUUGCCCGAGCCUGUCGACGAUGACUCUUCCUCAGCCUCGUCCGCCUCGUCCGUCUCCUCGACAGGAACAAUCAUACCAUCGCCCAACCAGAAGCUGUUCGCUCGACCUCAAGGAGUCGCCCGCGGCAGGACCCUGGAGCAGAUCCCCUGGACAACCUACUUUGAGCGCGAGUUGUCUCUGAAGUCAGAGCAGGAACCGGGAGUACUCUAUCACGCCUAUCUCACUUCACCGGUCGGAAAAGGGCCACUGUUUGUGAUGCAUCAUGGUGCAGGAUCAUCCGGGUUGUCGUUCGCUGUUGUUACUUCCGAAAUAAAGAAGCGGCUGUCAACAGCAGGUAUCCUGGCUGUUGACUGUAGAGGUCAUGGGUCAACCAACGCACCAGGCGACAAGGCGCUGGACAUGAGACUGGACACUCUAUCUUCGGAUCUGUUUAGUAUGGUGCAGCUCACAAAGAAUGAGAUGGCCUGGUCAGAGAUGCCCCCGAUAGUGCUCGUGGGACACUCCUUAGGCGGAGCAGUUGUUACUGACCUGGCCAAGUCCGGUAGACUAGGAACGUCAGUUUUAGGGUAUGCUGUGCUGGAUGUUGUGGAAGGCUCCGCCAUUGAUGCUCUACAAAGCAUGCACACCUACUUGUCUACGAGACCGCUGGGCUUUGCAACUCUGCAGGCAGGUAUCGAAUGGCACAUCCGAUCGCGGACGAUACGAAACUCCAUUUCUGCUCGGACAUCUGUUCCUGCGCUACUCGUCUUUAACGAGAACGACGACCCAACAAGGCCGUGGCGAUGGCGGACCAACUUGGGCGCAACACAGCCUUACUGGGAAGGUUGGUUUAUAGGGUUGAGCAAGAAGUUCUUAGGAGCGAAGGGAGGAAAACUCCUACUGCUCGCUGGUACUGACAGAUUGGACACUGAGUUGACCAUCGGUCAGAUGCAGGGGAAAUAUGCCUUGCAAGUGUUCCCUGAGGCCGGCCACUUCAUUCACGAAGAUUUGCCGGAAAAAACAGCCCUUUCGCUGGUCGAUUUUUUUCGCAGAAACGACAGGAGUGCUCUUGUGCUUCCUCCUAAAGUUUCGGAUCUUCUCAAACAGGGCAAAAGAGUAUGAAAAAGACUAAAUUGACAAGGUCUAACGCGUUACUCAUGACGUUGGCUUCAUCAAACCUUGUUUGAUGCCGACCCAACAAGUGGUGGCCCAAGAGCCGGGUUAUACUUCCAAGAGCAUAUUGAAAGUGGGUAGGUUGAUAUGACAGUCAUGCAAAAUGCAAAUAUGCAACCUGCCACCCUAGGUUCCCUCUGAGCACCUUGCAGCCCGUAGGAGAGGAUAUGAUAGGAAGUUCUGAUGGUUGUAGCUAGCACGAGUAACUAUUGGCGGAGGCGUAUAUUGAACAGAGAUAGACUUCCUAUGAAUAACAGGGCUGGACCCCAAAGAUAGAAGCAUGAAUUGAGACGCUAAAGGAUCAAUAGCGAUUGCCAACCGUUCCCGGAGGA